GAACUGAAAGAAGAGAGAGAGCAGAGGGUUUGAGGGCGAGGAAACAGUUGUCAGCUCCAGGCUGCACGGUGGACAGAAAGGAUUCCUGACUCCGUUCGUCUUCGCAGCUUUUCGCCCUCUCAGGGUUUGGACAUAUUUGAGAGCUAUGUGAAGGGAGAGCAGUCUCAGGGCAGGGGGGGCGUACAGACUGAGGAAGAGGAGGGUGGGGGGAGGAGAGCACUUUGGUUGAAGGAAAAGACUUGGGCCAUGCAAGUGGAUGCUGUCUCCUGCAGGAUCAGGUUUCACAAAAUGAGAAGCCACACUGAGAGCACUGCAUCAGGGCUCCACCAGCUCAGAAAGGAUGCCAGCUGCUAGCACCAUGACCGGUGGGAGGGCCCUGCUGCUUUGUGCAAACACUGACAACUGUAUUUACCAAUCAGUUAACGGGCUCCAGUGCUGUGGCUUGAAGGUUGGGGAGGCUCCAUCACCUGUGAUACCCCAGCCUUUAGAGGUGUGUGGGUCCCUGGGGUACAGAGACAUCAAGGGCGCUGCUGAGACCACCAAGCAUCCUCUUUCCCCCCUGCUCAGGCUCAGUGACAGCCCGGGUCCUCCCAACACCAUGCUGGCUCACAGGAGAACCCCGUCCAUCAAUGGCCAGGGAACACCCAACAUGGAGAACGGGCUGAACCACAACAAGAGCUCAGCAGGAGCCAAACCUGCCAGCAUCCGAGAUAAGAUUUCACAGUGGGAGGGCAAAAAGGAGCCUGUGACUUUAAUGGGAACAAGUCCACUCAGUGCAACGCAGAAGGAAAUUGGGACUGUGAGGACAAAGGAGUCCAAAGUUUCUGAUGUCCAAAGGACGGACAGCAAGAGGUUUGUCAGCUGGGACAAACAAGACUCGGGGAAAGAGAAUGUUGGAAAACUGGUGGAUUUAUGUCCGACAAGCAAAGAGAAGGAAGACAUGAGGUGUUGUGCUUCCAAAGCAACAGAAGCCCAAGACAAGAAAACAGUUCUCACUCAUGUUAAAAAACUAGAAAAGGCAACAAAAGAAGUGCCGAGCAGACCCUCACUGGCAUUUCCAGGGAAUUACUUCAGUCCUCCUUCAAAAGACGAGCUGGAGGAAACAGAGAAGAAAACCAGUGAACCCAUUUUUGGGACUUUUGACAAGACUCGACCCGGAGCAUUUCAGAGGAGAAGGCAGGGGGAUUCGGAGAAUGUUUACUGUGAGCCUGGUGCUCCGUCUAUAAACCCGCUACCCAAACCUCAGAGAACGUUUCAGCACCCCACAACAACUGCAGGCUCUUUCUCUGGAAAAGCAAAGAGGAACCUGCCUCCUUUACCAUCUAUUCCUCCUCCACCUUUACCCUCGUGCCCUCCCCCUGGAGUCUGCAGAAGACCCUGGGCUGACAAACCACGUGACAGCAACAACAGGAAGUCGUACGAGUUUGAGGAUCUGCUCCAGUUGUCUUCAGAGAGCUGCAGAGGGGACUGGUAUGCUCAGUCCAGGCUGGGAUUAACAUGCACUUUAUCAGAGGAGAACGUCUACGAGGACAUAAUAGAUCCUCCAUCCAAAGAGAACCCUUAUGAAGAUAUUGAGUUGGAGCAAAGUUGUUUGGGAAGUAAAUGUGUUUCACCUGCCUCCUCAUCACCUGUUCCUGACAAGCUAGCGUCCAAGCCUGGCUUCUUCAGACAGACCUCAGAGCGACGGAGCUUUAAAGGCCCAGAGCUGCGCAAGACUAACCGAGACGCCAGCAUCUCGUCCCCCUGCCGGAUCAGCCCCCCCUCCACGCCCAGCAGCCCUGACGACACCCCCUGUCUGUCAGGAGACCCUUACAACCGCAGACGGAGGAAGAUCCCCAAGAUGGUGCUGAGAAUCAACGGUGUGUUUGAGGCUCGCAGAGGAAAGAAACACAUGAAGAAGGUCUCUCAGUCUGCUGAGUCCAGCUCAGGGAGAGAGGAGAACAGCGAGUCAGAAAGUGACACAGAGGAGAAACUAAAAGCUCACAGCCAGCGGCUGGUGUCGGUCCAGUCCAUGUUGAAACAGACAGGGCGGUACCGGACCUUGGAGAGGGAUCUGAUGGAGUUACAGGAGAGAAAGCUCUUUGAGUAUUUUAUCGUUGUUGCGUUGCACAAAACCAAGGCUGGAGUCCCAUACCUGCCAGAGGUCACUCAGCAGUUUCCUUUAAAGCUUGAGAGGAGCUUUAAGUUCAUGCGGGAGACUGAAGAUCAGCUGAAGGUCAUCCCUCAGUUUUGUUUCCCCGAUGCCAAAGACUGGGUGCCCGUUGACAACUUCCCCAGCCCAGUGGUAAAGGCCGGAGGCUCCCCGAGGUCUACUGCAUCGUCAGCCGCCUGGGUUGCUUUGACCUCUUCUCAAAGAUCCUGGAUGAAGUGGAGAAGAGGAGGGCCAUUUCUCCUGCUCUCGUGCAGCCUUUCAUGAGAGGCAUCAUGGAGGCUCCCUUCCCUGCCCCUGGAAGGACAAUCACUGUCAAAAACUUCCUGCCUGGUUCUGGGACAGAGGUGAUAGAACUGUGUCGACCAUCAGAUUCCCGUCUGGAACACGUGGACUUCGAGUGUCUCUUCUCUUCGUUAAACCUCCGUCUGCUGCUCCGAGUUUUUGCCUCUCUGCUUCUUGAGCGCCGGGUCAUAUUUACUGCAGACAAACUCAG